GACAUAAGACAGAAGCACAGCACUAGACUGGAAGAAAGCUAAUGAAAAUAGGAUUGAAAGCAAAAUACUCACAAAUAUCUUUGUCGUUUCCUCUUGGGAAGCACCAUGAUAUUAUACCAUCUCAUGAUCAUUUUUAUCCUACGGUCUUCCUACACUGUAGGACAAGCGAGACCUUGUGAUUAUCUAGAAAUUGAAAAUGGAUUCAUUUAUAAGCCAUAUUGGUACACUGAGAAAUACCAUCGAAGUUUGUUUCCACAACCUAUCGGAAAAAUAAUGUACUACCAUUGUAAUAAAAAUUAUGCACCUGCUCAAGGAUCACACUAUUGGACAACAUUUUCAUGUACUGAAGAAGGAUGGUCUCCAGUGCCAGAAUGCCUUAGAGUGUGUUACCUUCAUUCAGUAGAAAAUGGUAAUUUUUGGCCAAGGAAAACAUCUUAUAUGGAAGGUGAUGAAAUAACAAUUCAAUGUAAUCAUGAAUACAGUCUUCCAAAUAAUCAAGAGAAAAUUACCUGUACCAAACAAGGCUGGUCUGCUGAUACAAAUUGUAUAAAGACGAAAAUUUGUGAUAUUCCACAAUUUGAAAAUGCCAGAUACAAAGGAAAUAAGGCAUUUCUGAGGCCUAAUGAAACAUUAGAAUAUGAAUGCAUGGAUGGAUAUGAAAUCACAAGUGGGCAAACUACAGGUGUCAAAGUAUGUGGUGUUGAUGAGUGGCCUACAAUACUUGACUGCUAUGAGGAAGCAGGAAAAUGUGGACCACCUCCAUCUAUUAAUAAUGGAGAUAUCAUCUCCUUCCCAUUAUCUGAAUAUGCUCCAGAAUCAAGAGUGGAGUACAGAUGUCAACAAUUUUAUGUGCUACGGGGUUCCCGAUUUGUGACAUGCAGAAAUAGAUCAUGGACCAAUGCACCAAGGUGCCUAGAGCCAUGUACAGUAUCUAAAGAAUUGAUGAUGAAAAAUAACAUCGAAUUUAAGUGGAUAGACUCUGAAAAGCUUUAUUUAAGAACAGGACAAGACACAGAAUUUUCAUGUAUAAGGGGAUUUCAUAAAGCUCCAAGUUCACCUCCAUUUACAGCAAGGUGCAUAGAAGGGAAAAUCAAUUAUCCUAUAUGUAUGUAACAGAACUUUUUCCACUAUUGUGAGUUUUACACUAGUCCUGAGCUUUUCUGAUGGGAGAUGUAUUCCUAUUUUGUCACAUUCUUAUUACUGUAACCUUUUAAUGUCAUCUUCAGCAUGUAAAAAUGGGAAACCUACCCAAUUCACUUCUAAGAAUACCACAGCAGAACUAUUCAAAUGAGAUUAUCAUUUCAUCUGUUCUUCAAAAUCUCUAAGAUGAGUGAUUGACAACCUUCCCCAUCUCCUCCCACCACCAAAAAAUAAUUAGCCUUAACAAAUCCUCAUUAUAA